CUAUUAAGACUUCGCAUUUCCCACGCUGUCUGCUACCUGCCAACUUCCCAGAACCCGCCUAAAUAACAGUCAAAAUACUCCAUUUUUUCCUCCAUUUCUGUAAUCAGCCAUGUACCGUUCAUCGAGUUCUUCACGAGUAUCUGAAGAGUUCUUUUUUAAUUCUUCUCCGAAUCUGAAAUCAACAAUUUCUACUGAAACUGAAGAACUACCGACGUUUAAUCCCCAAUCUCAUGUUGCUAAAAAGGAAAGAAAUCGUCUCAGAUCUGCUGAAAAUGCAAUCCAUCUUAUCCCUUUAAUACUGCUGCUUUCUGCUAUUGUUUUGUGGGUUUUCUCUAGCCCCGUUACUAUGGUGAAUAAAGCUGAUUCAAUUGUUGCCAGACUCAACAUUGCUGUGAAUCAACCUGGAAUCAAUGGAGACAGUUCAAAGAGAAGUUUUACAUCAAAGAUAGAGUCAGAGGACAUCGAUGCAACUGAUAAGUCCGUAGGUCAAGAAAAUAAUGAAGCCGAAGGAUAACAGAGUGAAGUUCCAUUACUCAUCUAGAAUAGACAUCAUCAAUCAUGGCUCAUACAUAUGUUAAAUUAGUGAACUGUAUACAACAUACAUAGGCGAUAUCACGUUAGCUGGCUUUUGAGUAAAGUUUAAAAUUAUCCCAAAGCACCAAGUGUUAUAGUGAAUGAUUUUCCCUUUGGUACUCUACUGUUAUAUUGUUUGUAUGCAGAAGCAUGUAUUGAAUUCGGAUACAGAAGCAUAAACACUUCUAUUAGCAAAUUCGUUGAAUCACAAAA